CGCAGAGAAAGAUAACGCCACACUGCAAAUCAAGCUGGGUAGCAUUGAAAGUAUGCUGCGUGUCCAACGCCAGAACGUCAAGACACUGGAUGCCAAUGUCCGCAAGGCCGAAAGCAAGCUGAAGGAGGCUUGCACAGACUUUGAAAAACAGCGGCAAAUUAUUGUCGAGCUGCACAAGGUUGAGCUGAGCCGUGCUGUGCAAGACAAGGCGUCCUAGCACCGCAAGCCGGUGUUCUGCAGCGGCAGCCUAUAUGUCCAACGUCAAAAUGUCAAAACCCUGUAUGACCAAGUCUGCAAAGUUGAGAGUGAGCUGAAUGUGGCUCGUGCAGAUGCAGAAGCCAAGCAAAUGCUUACUAUCAAGCUGUGCAACAAGGUCAAGACCGUACAAGCGAGAGCCAAGGCUCAGCAGCCAGCGGGAAAUGCGCCGCGCGCUGGAUACUUUGAG